GCGAGUGCUGCUGCGCUUCCGGUACCGCAGAAAUGGCCGAGAGCACGGUAACGGUGACUGUGGCAUAUGGCUCUGCCAAACACAGCAUCACGCUAACGGGGAAGGAUGGUGCAGAGCCGCUUUUAAAAGACCUGUCAGAGGCGCUCGCCGAAACGACCGGAGUGCCAAUACCCUCCCAGAAACUUAUUUACAAAGGGAAGUCUCUGCGGGAAAUGGAUGCAACGUUGACCAGCUUUGGCAUAAAACAGGGUUGUAAACUUAUGAUGAUAGGGAAACGGAACAGCCCAGAGGAAGAGGUAGAGCUGAAGAAGUUGAAAGAUAUUGAGAAGUCAGUGGAGCAGACAGCUAAGAAGCUGGAGAGAGUGGAUGGGGAGUUGACGGGCUUGAGGAACGGCUUCCUGGCGAAGGACCUGCAGGCAGAGGCGCUGAAUAAACUGGAUCAGAGGGUGAAAGGUGCUGCCGAACAGUUCAUGAAGAUCCUGGAACAGAUGGACGCCAUGAGCCUGCCAGAGAAUUUCAGUGACUGCAGGACAAAGAAAAAGGGACUCGUCAAAACAGUUCAGGAGUUUCUCGCUCAGUGCGACAGGAUCGAGGCAGGAAUAUCAGACCACCUGGCCAAGAUACAGUCGAAGAACUUAGCCUUGGCCGAGUGAGGAAGAGUAUGAAGAGGAAGACCUCUCUCCCCUUCGCGGUCCCCAGUCCACUGCUCCGUGAGCAGACUUGGCUGCGGCAGGGUGCUCCGGGUUCGAGCAGUUUAUUUAUCUGACUGCAGUAAACCCUUAAGAUAUUUUUAUGGAGAUUAUAUAUAUAUUAAAAAACACCGCCACCACCAUGGUAUUCUUGGACUGUAAAGAAGUUGUGUUGUCUUUUUGUUUUGUGUUGAGGUUAUCGCCAGGUUGUGCGACUAUACGUAGAAAUGCCCAGGCUCUUGUGUGUUUGUGGUUGUAUUGAUGCAGUAGAAUCCCUCUGAGAAAUACGCCCAGUAGAUUGUGCUCAUUUUCCAUUGGACUGCGAGAUAAAGUAAAACGGUGUUCUGAGGUAGCGCCCUGAGAGUGUUUAUAUGACCUCACAAUACAUUUAUACAUUAGCCCUAUAAGGGCCAUUGGCUUGGUGUGUCCAGCACCACUUUCCCUGGGACUCUUUUUUUUUUUUUAACACUUUUUGAAGUCUCAGCUAUACCUCAAAAAGCGAUCAUUUGAAGGUAAAUCACCAUUUCAGGAAACAGCUUCGGGUCCAUUGCUGUACUGACUCUGAGGGGUAAUGUGUAAUCCUUCCACCUGUUUGCGUGAUCCUAUGU